AUGACUUCACCCUCCAGCAACCCCCCCGUGACCAGCCCUUUCAUGAAACUUCCAACCGAGAUCCGCCUCAAAAUCUACACGCACCUUUUCUACUCCCGUAAAGAGAUCAAGAUCGAGCCCGCCAAACCGGCUUCGCAGGGCGCCUUCAUCUUCGUUUCUGACACCAAAGAGGACAAGGAAACACCAUGGCUCCUCCGCCCACCCACCGCUUCAGGCCUAUCAUCUCAAAUUCUGCGCAUUUGUCGACAAAUCCACCAUGAAUCGCUCCCCGUCCUGUACAAGUCCAACAUCUUCGAUUGCGCCGCCCGCGAAGGUGUGUCCUUACUCCUGAUCCGCCAUCUGAGCCUCGACUGGGACCAACUACAGGACUUUGCCUGGUCUCUCGCCAAACCCGAACAACGGCUCGCAACCAGUGGCCUCGAAACUAUCGACCUGGCGAGCAGCCGUGCUUGGAUCCGCACCGGCUCAAAUUCUCUGGGGCACAAGGUCAAGGUCUACGAUCGCCACCUGUGCCAGGCCGCGCUCGACAUCUGUCAGAAGCACGCACAGCUACGGGUCGUCCGGCAGUCCGAUAGCUACUGGAUCAAACACAAACCGAGAGAGUUCAAAGUGGCGGGCAAGAUCAUCACCAAGCGCAAACAGUUCCACAAGAUAAGAUGGCACUUUCUCACGGAGAAAGGGGCAAGAAGAACACAUGAUGAUUUCAACCAUGUUGUAGAACUGCAGGGCGAGAUGGCCAGCUUGACUGUCCACGCUACGAGGGAUCCAGAAUACACGCCGUUGCCCCAGUUCUAAGUGACCGCAACAGGACAAGUGUUCGGCGGAUCCACGACU